UUGGAGUAGCACUUAAAACUCAAGUUUGCUGAGUCUACGCAGUCAAUAGAAGCCACUCAAAAUCUUUAGACAAAACGUAGUACUAGGACUUCAACAUAAAGUACAUAGCUACUGUGAAUAUGCCACCACCCUUACUUGAAUAAAUCAGUUAUAUUUAUAAUUACAGUUUAAUGACAGUAUGAUCUCAGAGCAAUAAUGUUUAUAACAAGUUUGUGUUAUUUUUUUCUGCUUAUUAUUUUUAACAAAUCGUAUUGCGAAGAAUUCAAUCUUUACGGGGACGCUGGCCAAGCUUAUGCUUUGGAAAUUAAAAUUGGACAUCCUGAACAAAAGUUAAGUGUUUUAGUGGAUACAGGCAGCACUACACUGGCUAUUGCUUCUUAUGCUAGAAAAGACAGUAAUAAAUAUUUUCGUUGUGAAAACUCCACAACCUUAAACAACAGUGGUAAAGAGGUGCAAGCAAAAUACUCUCAAGGGACAUGGGUUGGGCACUUAGCAUCAGAUCUUGUAAAAUUUUCAUCACUGAAUUCGGUACCAGAAGUUAGGUGUGAUAUUGCUCUUAUAACGAGGAGUCAUAAGUUUUUCAUGAAUGGAUCAGGAUGGCAGGGUCUUCUUGGCUUGGCAUAUUUACCUGUAGGUGCUUGGGGUGAGAAUGUGGUAGUUGGGUCGUGGUUGGACUCCGUUGAAAAAAAUUUAAAUAAACCAAUGUCAUUCCAACUCAAAUUAUGCGGUGUUCAGAGUUUAACAAAUGCCACGCACUAUGGAAAAUUUGAAAUGUUUGACGACAGUAUGACAAAAAGUGGAGUUAUAUAUCGUACACCAAUUUUACGGAAGAGAUGGUAUGAAGUCGGUGUUCUAGCUGUCAGAAUAUCUUCACCAACGAACAAGUCUACGAAUACAUCGUUGAAAUAUUUUGAGAGCAACCAGACUACCGAUAAUGGUGCCGACAGUAAUUACAGGGAAACAUGCAUAAAGCUAAAUGAAGAAAAGAGUAUUGUUGACAGCGGUACCACUAACAUAAGGUUACCAGACGUCGUUUUUAGAGAGGUGGUGAAUGAACUUCGUAGUGCAGCUCAAACGUCGAAUAUUCUAAUUCUAGACGAAUUUUGGUAUCACGGAGAGGCUGCCUGUUGGCCCGAACCUCAAGAAUGGUCACUACCAUCAAUAGCGAUUGAUCUUCUUAGUACGGACGCGGAUAAUCAGUAUUUCACCCUGGUAAUUCCACCACAGAACUUCAUGCGAGUUGUAACCGCUCGUAACAACAGCGGGGAAGGGGGUACCGUUUCGGAGUUCUGCUACAAAUUAGGCCUCGAGGCUGGUGGAAAAGAAACUGUGCUAGGCUAUACGGCCAUGGAAGGAUUACAGGUACUAUUUAAUAGAUCAGCCGGUUGGAUUGGCUGGCAACCUUCCAACUGUGGACCCAAAGCUCAUAUAACGGGACCUCAUAACUACUCCAUGUCUCUCUCACUUUUAUGCCAGCUCACCAAACCCGUCCCAGAUGUAGCAGUGUCAAUAAAAGCAGCUCAAUGGACCCUAUGUGCCAUAUCAAUUAUAGCAGCCGCGGUUUUAUUAUAUUUAUUAGCACCAUGUAUUAAAAUGUUCCUUGUGAGACCACUGCCUAGGUCCCAACAGAUUUCUUUGUCUCAAGCGGCGCUAGUUGAACAAGAAGCCUCAUAAUUUUAUUUUAUAUCAAUAAUGUAAAACAAAAUUGAUUUAUAUAAUCAUAUUGCAUUUAAAAACUUACACCUUAAAAAAACAGAAUCCACAAGAAUCUUUUUGAUUAAUGAUCGCUGGUAAACAUUUGUCUAUUAUACAUAUUUAAUGCAAUUAUUUACAAAAAUAACACGCUUAAUGAUUCCUGAACUGAAAAAAAAAUAAGAUCGUAUGAAAGGAGAUCAUCAAAUAUUUGUGUUGCCAUUUUUGUCGGCUUGGAAUGAAUAUUUUUUUUUAAUUUAAUUUUUUUAUGGCAUUUUUUAUUAUGCUUAUUUAAUAAUAGAAUCUCUUUUUUUCCUUUGAAAAAAACAUUGAUCUCCAUCCUUUAAAAUAAUAAUGGUGCCUAUAUUUCUUAGGAUAUUUAUUAUUAAAAUAUGCAGCAAUCACCUUUAAAUGUUAAAAAGUGUAUGAAAAUCUGUUUUGUUAUAAGUCCUUUUGAAUUUGAGUGAAAUUUUUGAUCAUGAAUUUAUAGUAUUACUUUAUUUUUAUUUAUUUAAAUACAAUAAUUAUGUUUAAUCAUACAUUAUGUACUUACCAAACUGACUACAAGGUGACCAUAUUUUUAUUUUUAUACAUAGGUUUUUAUCAUUUGACCUAAACAAUCUAAACGACCAUUGAAAAGUAAU